AUGAAACGCUCCCGUGUCUGGGACAUUGUCGACGGGAAAUGCCUUCACAUUUUGGCUGUCGAUGCUAGGAAUUGUGUGCAAUUUGAUGGAGAGCGGGUUGUAUCUAGUGGCGGUGAUUAUACCGUAAAUGUUUGGAAUGUACACACGGGGGAGUGCUUGCACAUGUUGACGGGUCACACGGAUAUAACCCUUUCACUUUUGUUUGAGUCACAGCGUGAUCUUGUCGUGUCGGGUAGUCGUGACGGGAGGAUUCGCGUCUGGGAUGUGCAAAGAGGAACUUCGCGGAAACACUUUGGUCUCCUGUUACGACUCGGACAUUUGGGUUUGGGACAUUCG